AAAUACAGCGACAAGAAUUUGGUUGUCGGUUGUUGAGCUGUUGUGCUUAAUAUAUUUUCUUUUCUAUUUGAAUUUUAUUAUUUCUAAUUCAAUCUUGCUCAAAUUUCCGCGUUUUGCAUUGAAAAACUCAAUACUAAUGUUUGUGCGUCGUAAAUCGUCGCGAGUAAGCUUUUUGUAUUCAGAGUAAAAGUGCAACAAUUCCAUAAAAGUUCGCCUUAAAUAUUUGGUGAAAUAAUUGCGAAGUGAAAAGAACUUGUUAUUACGGGUUUCGAAAAGCGGCUAGUGUGCAAGUAAAACAAAAAAGAAUUUCGAUAUUUUAUAUGAGUAUUAAUUGCUGGGCCGUAAUUCAUACUAAUAAAAUAAGACAUCAGCUACUACCACACCUAUAUUGGUAGAUUGGAUUUGCGUGAAAGUGAGUGCUAGGAAAUUGCGAACACCCAUAAAUGCGUGCCCCUUCAGCUGUUCCAAUUGCUAAAUUUUUUUCGGUAUGAUAUUGCGACUAAGUUAUGCACAGUAAAAACCAACAAAGGUGUCUUGUCGUUGCGGAGAAGCUAAAGUUCAUUUCUUUUAUUUUCAGCUCGCGAAACGUUUACACUCUAUUCUAUGCAUUUAAAAGAAAAGUAUUAAGUUAUGACAUUUCUCUCAAGCUUCAAUAUUUUAUUUACAAUUCAUCGGCGACGUUAGAUGUGCAAAGCUUAGCAAAUAAAAAAAGUAUUGUUGGCGACAAAUAGCGCGAUAAGUUACUUAUUUCAAAUUAAACUCAACUGCAACACUAAUUAAUCUUAAAAAAAAAAACUAUUUGUAAAAAUGUGCAACAACAUUGAGAAUAACUUGUAAAAGUGAAAAAUUAACGCAAUUAAUUUAAAUCGCUCUAUUGUUUAGGAGAUUUUAUUUGCGCUAAAUGAAUUAGUUUUGUUGCACCACUUGGCAAGAUUGCUUAGUUUUUUUUUUAUUAAAACAUAAAUUUACACAUUUCGAAGCAAAUAAGAAAUAAAAAACGAAACAACGCUUAACAUUCUUUUGGAGUCUAUUGAUAACAUGGCGGAUUCAUAUUAUCAGGGUGACUACAUUAAACAUCCCGUCCUUUACGAGCUCAGCCACAAAUAUGGCUUCACCGAUAAUUUGCCCGAGAGUGCGCUGCCCAAUCGUCUCGAGGAAAUCAAGGAGGCGAUACGUCGGGAAAUUCGCAAAGAACUUAAAAUCAAAGAAGGUGCCGAAAAGUUGCGCGAAGUCGCCAAAGACCGACGUUCCUUGAGCGAUGUGGCAUCAAUUGUGAAGAAAAGCAAUAGCAAAUUGGCCGAGCUGAAGUCGGAAUUGCAAGAAUUAGAAAGUCAUAUUCUACUAACGCAAGGCAACUCUGUGAGCAAUGGAAGAGAUGGAUAUUCUUCCAAUUUAUCCACGCCAACCUCCACCUUAGGUGGCAGUGUCAGCAGCGCUAGCUUGAGCGGCGGCAAUGGCGGGCUUAUUGGUGGUGGCCACGAACAGCUUUCAGCGAACGACAAGAUGCUCAUCUCACUCGAGAAGCAAUUGAAUAUCGAAAUGAAAGUGAAGAAUGGCGCUGAGAAUAUGAUACAGUCAUUGGCCAAUGGCCAUCAUGGACGCGACAAGAAGCUCUUGGCCGAGGCGCAACAAAUGUUGGCUGAUUCAAAGGCGAAAAUUGAAUUCUUGCGGUUACGCAUCCUCAAAGUGAAGCAAAACAAGGAGCAUGCUCAUAAGUUAUCCGUGCAGGCAGCUAUUGCGGCCAGUGGUGAUGGCGAGAAUGGUGGUCAGCCGCAGCGGCUGGAGACGACGCUCGAAGAGCGUAUCGAGGAGUUGCGGCACCGCUUACGCAUAGAGGCCGCUGUGGUAGAUGGAGCAAAGAAUGUGAUACGUACACUACAGAAUAAUAAAGUACCCGAUAAGAAGGCCUUGCAGGAGGCAAACAUACGCCUUAGUGAGUCAUCGCGUAAACUGGAUCUUCUUCGGCACUCACUUGAUUUGCGGCGUCUGGAAUUACCAGUAGAUUCUCCAGCCGCCCAUCAACUAAAAUCAGAGCUCCAGUCAGUUCAGCAGGCUUCGUCGCCAAUUCCAGUCACCUAUACGUCGUUGCAGCCCUUUCAUGGCGGUCUGUUAGGCGGCAAGCCAUACCAACAGGUCUCCUCUUUAGGGCGCUGCGCCAGCGUAUCGGGCAAGCUAGAAGUGCGGCUGAUGGGUUGUCAGGAUUUGCUGGAAGAUGUGCCUGGACGUUCGAGGCGCGACAAGGACAACAAUUCCAGUCCAGGUGAUUUGCGUAGCUUCGUCAAAGGCGUCACGUCGCGUAGCAGCUCGAAGAGUUAUUCAGUCAAAGACGAAACAUCGUCGGAAAUAAUGGCAGUCAUAAAGUUGGAUAACAUAACGGUGGCGCAAACAUCUUGGAAGCCCUGUUCGCAACAAGCCUGGGAUCAGCGCUUCUCCAUCGAUCUAGACCGUUCACGUGAAUUGGAGAUUGGCGUCUACUGGCACGAUUGGCGUUCGCUGUGCGCCGUGAAAUUCUUGAGAUUAGAGGAAUUCAUCGACGACGUACGACACGGCAUGGCAUUGCAAUUGGAACCGCAGGGUCUGCUCUUUGCCGAAAUCAAAUUCCUCAAUCCGAUGAUAUCGCAAAAGCCAAAACUACGACGCCAACGCAUGAUAUUCAACAAGCAGCAGGUAAAGAAUAUACCACGUGCCAAGCAGAUGAACAUCAAUGUUGCCACCUGGGGACGUUUGCUGAAGCGCAAUACACCUUCUAGCUCACAUCUGGCCACCGAAGGUACAACACGUGGCAAUUCACGCGACAGCGAGUCACCAAUUUCACGUUCACCAUCGUCUGGCACUAUUGAUGCCGAACCGGAGCCGUAUUCACCAGGAAUGCAAGCACGAAAUUUGGAAUAUGACCCUGAUGCAGGCAUACACGAACACGUCGAAACACCUGGCGAGUGUCCAGAUCCAGAAGUGAGCGGUUUGAGUGGCAUGCGGCCACUGUCGAUGCAGGGUAUUGCAGUGCUGCCACCGGAAGUGCCUUCACAACCUCCACAACAGUCUCUACAACAACAACAGCAGCAGCAACAGCAUUUGUCUACGAAAAACAAUAAUUUGCAUUUGCAGAUAGCCGGCAAGCAUAGCUCAGUGGCGACCACUGAAACGACUGGUCUAUCCAUGGGCUCACGGCCCACCUCGAAGUUGCCGACACCUACACAGAUACAGCCGCCACCUGUGCCGGUCACUGCGCCACCAAAACUCGAUCCGGAGUUACAGAGCGCAUUGCGUGAAUUCGAUUUUCUGAAUCAAAUGGACUCACAACCCAAUACGCUACAACGGCCUGCCCACCAAUUCAAUCGCCAACAACAACAACAGCAGCCACUGCCGCAACAACAGAAGCCACAACAACAGCCAUUGCAACAGCAAUACAUUGCAUCGGCUGCACAACAAAUACUUCAGCCAUAUCAUACACCACUGCCCACUCAACAUCCAACGCCUUUGCAUCAGUACCAACCACAGCAGCCACUACAGUCGCAAUCUCAGUCACUGCUGCCCGUUGGUGGUGGUGGCCAGAGUCGUCAAGAAGGUUCAAUGCCGACAACGCCGGAACUCAGUAACAGUCAAAUGGCAGCACCGAAUUUCGUUAGCGCUACAGCAACAAACAACAACAGUAAAUACAAGGUGCCUCAUGUGGCACGUCAAACUAGUCAAAGUAGUUUCAGAAAUCAGCAACAAAACUACAACAACAACAAUAAUAGCAAUAGCAAUGUAAAUGCAACGUUGAGUGUUGCCGGCACGGGUGGUAUGGCCAAUAUGUACCAUCGUCCGGUGUUGGCCAUGCCGCCAGUGGUGUUGAUGGGCGGUGAAUUGGGAGCCAAUGAUUUGGUGACCAGCCCGAUAAUUGAGAUGCCGCCAUCACCAGCGCCAAGUGCAAUGCCGAUUGUGGAGUAUCCCGAUGACGAUGAGUAUGCGCAGGACGUUUCAGCGACAAGUUACAGCACCGGCGUCGGUGAUCGUUUCUGUGUUGAGGCGCAUAUCAAUGUUGUACACAUAACAAUUGAACCUUUAACGACAACACUUCCAACAACAACAACAAGCAUACACAUUGCCGAUAAACCGAAUGAGAUCGCCAUUUCGCCAACCACAACGGCAACAACAAUAACAUUGACUGAUAAUGAAAUCGAAACUGAAAUCGAACUUGAAACAAAGAGUCUGAGCGAUUGCAUAGAAACGAAAAGUCCGCUUAAAAUUGAGUCGAUCACAUUAACGGAAUCAUCGUUCACAACUGAUGAAAGUGAUAAAUUAGGAACGAAAAGUACAAAUGAAAAUUCAGUGCAGAUCAUACCACAGUUUGGCAAUCUAUCGGUUAGCAGCAGCAGCAACAACAACCAACAACAAAAACAAUAUGUGCCCGAUUCACCGAUUAUACAGGAACCGCCAACACCAACAGUCUACGGACAGUCUACCGGACAAGCACCGCACUUUCCACCGCAGGUCGCACAGCGCCAAAAUUUCGCACCAACAGCAGGCACAGCCUAUCAGCAGCAGCAGCAGCCCAUUUACCAAAAUCAAUACGAACUCAAUGCCACAUCUAUGCCACCACCACCUGCACCAACGGCCGGCGGUCGUCGCAAUGUUGCACGCGGCUUACAGUAUCGCGACUCAGCUUACGAGUCACGCCGCCAGUCGCAGGCUAUGGGAGGCGGAAAUGUGCCGCCAAGCAUGCUGGCCAUAGAGAACUUCCGGCUGUUGAGCGUUUUGGGGCGCGGCCACUUCGGCAAGGUUAUAUUGUCACAGUUGCGCAGCAGUAACCAAUACUAUGCCAUCAAAGCAUUGAAAAAAGGCGACAUUAUAGCGCGUGACGAGGUCGAAUCGUUGUUGAGUGAGAAGCGUAUUUUCGAAGUGGCCAAUGCGAUGCGUCAUCCGUUUCUGGUCAAUCUGUACGCGUGUUUCCAGACCGAUCAACACGUUUGCUUCGUUAUGGAGUAUGCGGCUGGUGGUGAUCUGAUGAUGCACAUACACACAGAUGUAUUUUCGGAGCCGCGCGCUGUAUUCUAUGCCGCUUGCGUUGUUUUGGGGCUGCAGUAUUUGCAUGAAAAUAAAAUCAUUUAUCGUGAUUUGAAACUUGAUAAUCUACUUUUGGACACAGAUGGUUAUGUGAAAAUCGCUGACUUCGGUUUGUGCAAAGAGGGUAUGGGAUUUGGUGAUCGCACCGGCACCUUCUGUGGCACACCUGAAUUUUUGGCGCCUGAAGUCCUCACAGAGACCUCUUACACACGUGCUGUAGACUGGUGGGGCUUGGGAGUUUUAAUAUUUGAAAUGCUUGUCGGCGAGUCCCCAUUCCCGGGCGAUGAUGAGGAGGAAGUUUUCGACUCAAUCGUUAACGAUGAAGUACGCUAUCCGCGGUUCUUGUCACUUGAGGCGAUUGCAAUCAUGCGUCGGUUAUUGCGGAAAAAUCCAGAACGUAGAUUGGGCUCAUCAGAGCGCGAUGCUGAGGAUGUCAAAAAGCAAGCGUUCUUCCGCUCAAUCAGUUGGGAUGAUUUGUUGUUGCGAAAAGUGAAACCGCCGUUUGUGCCCACAAUUAAUCACCUUGAGGACGUGUCGAACUUUGAUGAAGAAUUCACUUCCGAAAAACCACAACUAACGCCUCCAAAGGAACCAAGACAUUUGACUGAUGAAGAGCAAAUGUUCUUCCACGAUUUUACGUACAUCGCCGAUUGGUGUUGAUAUUGAAGAACAGGCAGCUAGAUUUUAUAUAAAACAACGCAGCUUUUGUCAACGUGGAAUGUAAGGAAAUCGGGGGAGAAGAAAACAAUUGGCAAGGCGACUAAAGUUUACACAAACCAGUACACACACACAAGAGGUGGGAUAUUUUAUUUUUGUGAAUCAAGCCGUUCAAAGUUUUGGUCAUUUGGACACUUAUUUUACUACUAUGAGAAAUAUUCGAUUUGUCAAAAACAGAAAAAUAAGAAACAAAAAGAAAUGGUUUGAUCUGCUUGUUCAAAUGUUUGGUGUGUGACCAUCGAUGUUUAAUUCGAUUGUGUAUUAGUUUAAGUGAAAAUUAUAAAAUAUAAUAACAAUAACAGAUAGUUCUGCUAGGUAUAUAUAUACAAAGGAAGAAAAUACACUACGUAAUAAAAGAGGAAGCAUGUUAUUUAAGCGAAGCGUGGAAGGUGAAAAAUUAUUUAUAAAUAUUUACAUAUGCAUGUACGCGAUUAUACAUAUUUACAUAUAUAUAAAAUCAAAAUCUAACUUAAUUACGUCGAGUUUAUUACAAUAUUACAAAAUACAAAAUAUUAAAGUUUGUUUAAUUGAGACAAUUUUAAUGUUUUGCUUACAAAAAAUUAAAUAAAAAAACAAAAAAUAAUUAAUUAAUGUAGUUAAGUACGGAAAUGAUUGCAAGCAAACGUGCAUAUAACUGAUUAACACAACCGCUAAUUAAACACGUGUUUGUAAAAAUAUUUAGAGAAAACUAAAGAAAAAAAAAAUCUAUGCAUUUUAUCCGCAUCGUUUGUAUUAUGAGAUAUGGAAAUAUAUUUGGUAAACGAGAAAUUGUAUUAUGUUGAAGAAGUGUCUGCAUGCCUUUAUUUAGAAUUAGCGGAGUUUAAAUUAUUAUUAAGCAAAUUGUUAAUAAACUUUUGAGCAAAAACAAUAAUUAAAAUCAACUGCGGAGCAAUCCUGGAAAAACACAUAACUGCUUUCGUGCGUUUUCAAAGUUGUCAAAGUUUUACAAUACCGAACUUGUAACGACAGCAGUAGGCGCGCGCACUACCAAUAAAAUUUUUACUUUCACAAGCAGUUUUAAACACCUACACAUACAUACAUACAUAUACGCAAGCAAUAAAUACUAAAAACAAAAACAUGAGAUAAAUGCAUGUACACAUAAAUAUUCACAGUAUAUAUUAAUUACAUGAAAAAAGAGAGAUAAAAAGAAAUACAAUAAAUAAAAAUUAAUGAUUCAAAUACAAUUGAAGGAAAUUGGAAAUGAAGGGACUUUUGAUUGCCCUAUCUAUGCAGUUCCCUUUUUUAUUUAAAGUGGAGAUUAAACUAUUACAAAAACAAACAAAAAAAGAAAAAUUAUAAUAAUAUAAGUAACCUCGGGAAAGUCCGGUUUUCCUAUUUGCUCAAAAACUAUUAAAAACUUGGUAGAAAAAGAAAAAAAAAACACAAUUAAUAUCGCCAAAAAAUUAAUAUGGCCAAAUUUUCAAUAGCUCUAAAACUGUCUCAAAAUCACAUAUUUGGCUAAUGCACGUGUAACAACUAAAUUUCAGUUGUAGAUACUUUGAAAAAUAUAUAAAUUUUUUUAAUAAUAUAUUUUUGUCUUAUCCAUCGCAAUUUUUUUUAUUUUAAGUCAUAAACAUUUUCAGUAACUUUAAAUUAUUGGUAAUCAUAUGUGAAAAUGUGAAAUAAAUACUGAAUAAAACUACUGAAAGCUUUGAGCAUUUUCGGUUUAGUUUCGAUUUGUAUCAACCAUAAAAACAUAUUCACGUAAUCUGUUUGUUGUAAUCGCAUUAAUUAUAAUUAUUGUUUAUAACAUAAUUUUCCCUAUUAGUUAUUACUUUGUUUUUGCAUACUUUUAGUUUCCUAUUUUAAUUGCUAUAAAAUAACUAUCAAAUUAAAAGUAAUUUCAAAUGUAAUAUUACGAUUUUUUCUUUUGAAUGAUUGAUAAUAAAAAAAAAUACAAUAUGAAAGAUAAUUACCACUUUUAUUUAUUAGUAGCUUUUUUUCAGUUUUAUUUAUUUUAAUUCGUUGACCGAUUAUGAAUUCCUCAAAGAUUGAUAUUUGUACCUCAGCGAAAUUAAUAAUGAAACAAAUAGCAACUGAAAUAUGUUGAGCCAAAGCAAAUGUUACGCGAAACAAAUCAUUUUUAAGGGGUCGUAUACUUUUGGUUUUGUGAAAAUGUCUGAUUUUGUGCCGAAUAAUCGUCAUUUGCUCGAAGUGUUGAUUUUCCUAUUUCAUUCGAAAAAAACGACGGCUGAAGCGCAUCGAGAUCUACAAAAAGUUUAUGGAGAUGCCGCUUUAAGUGAAACAACGUGCCGAGAUUGGUUCCGUCGCUUUAAAGACGGUUAUUUCAAUGUUGACGACCGUCAGCGUGAGGGAAGGCCAAAAACCUUCGAAAACGCUGAAUUGGAGGUAUCGCUCAAUGAGGAUCCGUGUCAAAUAUAAGAAGAGCUUGCUUCAGUAUUAGGAGUUACCCCGCCAAUCCAUUUCCAAGCGAUUGCAUUGGGAUUGGGAAUGAUUCAGAAACAGGGGACUUGGGUUCCUUAUGAGUUAAAACCAAGGAAUGUUGAACGUCGCUUUUUCGCCUGUGAAAAACUGUUUCAGUGGCAAAACAGGAAGGGUUUUCUUCAUCGCUUCAUGAUAGGUGAUGAAAAAUGGAUUCAUUAGAGCAAUCCAAAGAAAAGAAAGUCAUGGGGACUGCCCGGUCAUGCUUCUACGUCGUCGCCUCGGCCGAAUAUUCACGCUGCGAAGGUGAUGCUAUAUAUUUGGUGUUAUUUAUUAUGAACUGUUAAAAUCAAACGAAACCAUCAUUGGGGAUCGGUAUCGACUUCAAUUGAUGCGAUUGAGCCGAACACUGCGCGAGAAGCGGCCGCAAUACGCGGAGAGGCAAGAAAAAGUGAUUUUACAGCAUGACAACGCUCGGCUUCGCUUUGCCAAAAUUAGGGGUGUCUUAUGAUUAUGACGCCAUUUGCAAUAAUGAUUAAUCUUCCGACACCUUAUAUUCGCUCUUAAAUUUCAUUUUUUGUAUUUUUUUUUUUUUUCAAAUAUAUCGAAAUAUAUAUAAAUAUGUAAGUGAAUCCCUCAAACAAAAAGUUUAACACAUUUGGUUUAUUCCAAUUAACUUCAUGCUUUAGAAUGAUACGAUGAUGGUUUGCGUCAAAAGAUACUCAUUUCAGCGACACUAAUUUUUGAUCACCAAGGCUUCGGAUGAAUAUACUAUUCUCCUUUAACAAGAAAUGAGUUUUGUUGAAUGACCGUGAAUCAAAGUAGUAAAAUGUUUUAAGUCGACUUGAAAAAAGUUAAUUUUUAAUGCAAAUUGAGAAAACUCUAAAAUAAUUUCAUUUGACGGCCGUUAUCUCAUUGCAAUAUUUUAAAAUUUUAAUUCCAUACAUUUGAAAAAAUCUCAAUUCACAUUUUAAAGACAAUGAGAAAUAAAUAUUUAUCAAAAAAAAAAAAGAAAAAAACAGUAUAAAAAUUAUUAUAACG